AUUCUGUCAACGCCAUGGUGUUCUUCCUCUCUCUGCUUGCUGCUGCUGCUGCUGCUUGUGUCCAUGCUGCUGACUCGGGCAUCACCCCGGGGCUGUAUCAGAUCUUCAAUCGCAAUGUGACUGCAGGCUCGCUAAAAUCAGACCGCAUGUACCAGACCUUGUAUGCACCGACUGUUCCGGCCAACGCUUCGGCUCCACCAACCACUGCUUGGCAAGUUGCACAAAGUGAUUCUGGUUACACUUUCGGAAACUCGAGCUUCUCCGGAUCAGCGUCCACUGAAAACUGCGAGCAAUCGCCUGUUAUUACCGAUAACUCGCUGUAUGCCACGACGUUCACGAUCGAAUCCGUUGGAGAUGGGUACUACGCUAUCAAGUACCCCGACACUGACUUGGCAUGGACUGUGGCCUCCGAGUACGGUGCUUCUCCAAAUACUGUGACGGUUAAAUUAAUGCCUACGGAUGGAACCUAUACCCAGCACUGGAGCUUCGUAGGGGUGGCGAAUGUUUCUACAGAUGCUUGAAAAGAUUGUAAUUUUGAUCUAAUCUAAUCUUAUUGAUAAAAAGAAUUUCACAUGCUUGUGUUGUAUGAUUGCCAUAUGCCAGC